UGGUCGAAGAGGGGGUCUUCACGGCUGCGCCUAGAGCAUGUUGUUGCUUUCGCGUUGCGUUGCGUAUGCCCGUCUUCUUCGACUUCUUCUUCUGCGUGAUCGUGCCACUGACCCAGCUGAACGCUUCAUCGCUGCAUUCCUCCACCCUGAAGCUGCUGCUGCUGCAGCCAAUUGCGCUUCUAUCAAGCCGUGUCGUCACGGGGUUAACAAUCCGGUAGUCGCCAUGAAGCUCGUCAGAUUUUUGAUGAAACUGAACAAUGAGACGGUAUCGAUAGAACUAAAAAAUGGUACCAUUGUGCACGGCACUAUCACAGGAGUGGAUAUCAGCAUGAACACGCAUAUGAAGUCCGUCAAACUCACUUUGAAGGGGAAGGUUCCUGUGGCUCUGGAUCAUCUCAGCAUCCGUGGAAACAACAUCCGAUAUUACAUACUUCCUGACAGUUUGAAUCUCGACACGCUUCUUGUGGAUGAUACACCUCGCGUGAAAUCCAAGAAGCCUGUUGCUGGCAAACCUGUGGGUAGAGGAAGAGGACGCGGUCGUGGCAGGGGACGUGGACGUGGGCGUUAAUUUUGUAUUCUAGUGCCCUUUUUAGGGUUUCCAUUGUAGUUAGAGUUUCCGGUGUACGAAGAUGAACCUCAAACUUGCUUUUCUAUCACCUUGUGGGUGGCCGCUCCACUUUUUUUUCUCAAUUUAGUAGUCCCAAGUAGGAACUAAGCGCUUGCAGGUGACAAUCAACAGCCUAAAGCGGUCGAGAAUCAGUAGUGGCCUGUAGUCAUGUAUCAAGGAAGUGCUUGGCAAUGGUUCUCUAAUCACGAAGCAACUUAUUUAAAAAAAAAGAGACACUAGCAUUUCUCAAUCUUCUGUCAACUUGCAGCUUCAGUAAUAAUGCAAUUGGCUGCAAUAUCAAUUGGCAGUUGACCUACACUCUGGUUUCUCUUAUGUUCUCUUUUU